AAUUCUCGUCGUGCUCGAAGCCGCCGGACGUGUUGUCUCAGCGCCGGAGCGCACAUUUCAGGCCUCACGAGUGUUGUGGAGAGAGUGCGAAGUGUCGGAGGGAUUCCUUUUGCUCUGCAGAAGAAUCUGGGACUUUGCGGAAGAUCGUGGGUGGAAUUUUUUCUCGACUCUCCCCCGCCGGACGAAUGAUUAAGUGAGGCCAUAAAUAAAAUAAUUAAAUUGUGUCGCACUGUGUCAAUAGGGUUGAUUCUGGAGACUCGAGAGUGAUUUUAGUGCGACGUCUCUUUGCGAACAAGAGCGCGGAUUGUGAGGAAUUUGCAGUGUUAUUUAUUUGACUUUCGCCAAGGAGGAAUUUCAAUUGCUUACAGGAAGUUUUUUCCCCUCUUCACAUCUCUCCUGUGUUUUCUCGUCACUUUCCACAAGAGCCUGAUGGCAAUGUACUUAGGACAGUGCUGAAGAUACAAGAGACCCGGCAUGGGCUCCAGGGAGCAAAAGAACAAGUGAGAAAACAUGCGGCAGCACAAGAAAAAGUGGAUAAAGAUUUAAAUGAAAAUAGGAAAUUAAAACAACCGGAAGCUCUUGAGUGUGAAAUGAAAUUGAAGAGUGUGAGGAUUCCCUAAUGAAUUUCAAUGUGGUGUGUGGUGAAAGUUGUGGUUGUCCAUUCUCUCAAAUGUAUCGAGAAUGAAAGUUUUAUGUGAAACAUGGAAAAGGUUCACAAGUUUUAUCAGUGGAAUAUCGGUGGUAAAACCCUAAUUCGGCAUUUUCUCUUGUAUAUUUUAUGUAUGAUUGGAAUGUGUCCAUUGAGAAUACAGUGCAAUGGAUCACAGGAUUUUCAGAAACAUAUUCCCACCCGCCUCGUUUGGGCGGCUCUGGAUCACGACGCCGAAUUGCCAUGUGACGUCACGCCAUCCACACCACGGGAUUCCGCAAAACUCGUGCUGUGGUUUAAGGACUCAACUGGGAUUCCCAUCUACAGCCUGGAUUCGAGAGGUGGUGGCCCAUUCGAGUCCGCCACCCAUUCCGCCCUGGCCAGUGAUCUCGGGAAUCGACUGUACUUCUCAUCCGGAACCCGACCACAUGACGCCAAGCUGCAGAUCCGAGGCGUGAAGACUACAGAUGAGGGUGUCUAUCGAUGCCGAGUGGACUUCUUCAAUUCACCCACCAGAAAUUUUAGAGUUAAUUUAACUUUAGUCGUUCCGCCCGAUGAGCCCAAGAUAUUCGAUGCCCAGGGGAAGGAAGUCGCAGGUGGAGCCGCUGGACCAUUCCGUGAAGGUCACGAACUCUUCCUCUCGUGCCAGGUUUCCGGAGGACGUCCUCAGCCCAAAGUCACUUGGUGGCGGAACAACGAAGAAAUUUCUGGCAUUAGUCACCCUUCGGCUGACGUGCGGACGACCGUUGUGAAUCAGCUCUUCAUUGAGAACAUCACGAGGGAGUAUUUUGGCACGAGACUCCAGUGUCGCGCUCAAGGAUCCAAGCUAAUUGCUCCGGUGGUGAAGGAGUUUGCCAUUCAAGUACAUUUGAAACCCCUCGCCGUGAAAGUCGUGUCGCCGAAUGAACUUCUGCGGGCUGGACAGAUAGUUCCGCUGCGCUGUGAGGCCUGGGGGUCGCAUCCCCCGGCGAAAAUUGUGUGGCUGCUCGACGGGGAGCCCGUCCGGAAUCCCAACCUCACAAUAUGCAGCGACAGAGAUCAGGACGGUAAUUUCACAUGCAGCAUUCUGCCACUGCGGGUUAUUGCCGAAUAUGAUGGUGCUGAAUUGACGUGCCGAGCCACUAAUCCUUGGUUCUCAGCGGGAACUCUGCAGGAUAAGCGAAUUAUCCACGUUGCAUAUCCUCCCGUUGUCUCCAUCCACUUGGCCAACGAGGAUCCGAGUCGUCUGGUGAUAAGAUCAGAGGGACAGAAUGUAACACUGAAGUGCCGAGCAAAUGCUAGACCAUCAGUCACAUCAUUUGGAUGGUACAAGAAUGGCAUGAGAAUGACAGGGGAGAACUCCGAGACGCUGCACCUCACCGCGCUGGAGAGAGAGAGCGAGGGAUCGUACAGUUGUUCAGCACUCAAUACCGAGGGUGAGACUCAGAGCACCCCUCUCGUCCUCCAAGUGCAAUAUUCACCAAGAUGCAGGCCAGGCACUGAGCAGAUCUCCUUGGGAGCACUCAAUCUGCACACAAUUUCUGUGAAAUGCGAAGUCGAUGCUGAUCCGGCGGAUUCUGUGCGGUUCAGCUGGACGUACAACAAUACCAGAAAUGUCUCUCCAGUUCUCAACUCCCGGAUAAAUUCACAUGGAUUAGUCAGUUCUAUGACUUAUAUGCCACAAUCAGACUCGGAAUUUAUUACACUGGCGUGCUGGGCGAGCAAUUCCGUUGGCAGGCAGACAAUUCCUUGCCUCAUACACAUUUUUCCAGCAAGAACACCAGAUCCACCACGUCUCUGUGAAUUGUACAAUAAUACACAUUUGGAGGUUGUUUGUAUUGCGGGAAAUGAUGGUGGCCUGGAACAGCAUUUCCUGCUUGAGGUGAUAAAUGGCGAGGAUAUUUAUGGACGAGCCUUCUCACUGCCGCCAGAUGCAGAGAACGAGAUAUCCACAAUGAAUGAUCAGGCGACAUCGGCACCAUUGUUGCGGCUCAAGGAGGAUAAGCCAUUGUUCAAAUUGGAUAAUUUGGAGCAUGGCCGAGAAUAUCAAUUGCUUGUGUAUGCUGUUAAUGCCAAAGGACGAAGUUUUCCGCCAGUUGUGCUCGACAAAGUGCGAAUUAGCAAUUUAAAUGUCCUCUAUGAUGAAACAGUCGUGUCGGACGAUUUAUCUUCACCUCCCGCCACGGACAACAAUGAAAAGAGAGAAUCGACAGUGAUUAUCCUGGUGGCUAUUGUUGCUUCGGGAGUUAUUAUUGUAACAUCAAUUAUCAUUGCCGCCAUUGCGAUUACAUAUCAUCACAUGAGGCCCAAGCCGCCGGAGCCUCAGGAUGUGAGGAAGAGAAUGAGGCCCGCAAGAACCGACGUGCCAUCGAUGUACUCUGGCGAGGAGACUCUCGAGGAGGAAGUGGCCGGAUCCACCACGAUUCGACCACAUCAUGCAUCAAUUAGUCGGAGUAGUCGUUAUAUAAGUGAAGGAUUCGUACAAUAUUCACAGCCGAGUCUCAAUAAUGUAUAUAUUACAGAUCCUGAUUUAAUACUCCAACACAGCGAUUUUGAAUUCAGGAAUAUUAGUGGCCAUUAGAGGUGGUUGAGUGGAGAAUGAUGAAAAUUUAUAGACUUACGUCGUCAAAAGUGUUAGUUAUAAUAUUGUUAGAUUUGAAGGAGGAAAAAUAUAUAUAUAUAUGAAGAUUGGAGAUAAUUCAACAAUGAUGGAAAACAUAUGUUAAGUGGUGUGAAGAAAAAUAAAUCAUCUUAUAUGAAUAUGAAUGGGAAAUGGCAAUAAAAGCUGACGAAUGGAUAUUUUUUAAAUAAAA